AUGAGCCCAAAGAACGACUCCGGUUUCAAGGUCGAGCCUUUCGACGGCUCGAACUAUGGGUUGUGGAGUUACAAGAUGAAGAUGUACCUGAUGUCGAAGGGGCUGUGGGGCGCGAUCGCGGGCGAUGAGACAACAAGUGAGGCCAAGGAACAGCAAGCCCACGCCGCGAUCGUGCUGAAUCUGAGCGAUUCGCAGUUGAUGCAUGUCAUCGACUCGGCCACCGCAAGAGAAGCGUGGGGACGUCUGGCGCGAUUUCAUCACAGUCAUGACAUGGCGAAUCGACUUUGGCUGAAGGAAAAGUUCGCGUCGUUCAAGUAUGCAGCAUCAAGCAUGAGCGGUCAUGUGAUGGAGCUGGAGGACCUCGUGAUGAAGAUGAAGCGCGCGAACUGCGCUCCAAGUGAAGAGGACGUGUGCGCAGUACUGUUGCGGAGUCUACCUUCAAGCUUCGAGAGCUUGAAUGAGGCUGCACGGGUAGAAGAUGCGACUGCGCUCUACGCAGGCAAGAAGAAGGGUAAUCAGUACCCGAAGAAGCAACAAGGACGGCGCGCGAAGGAACCAUCAGGGACCUGCUACAACUGUGGCAAGUUCGGACACUACGCCAGAGAUUGUCGCUCUGGUCGAGGGCCAAGGGAGCAACAGCAUGACCAGUCGAAUGUCGCGUUUAACGCUUGCGAAGGUUUCGCGAGCGACAGCUGGGUCAUGGACAGUGGCGCGUCAGCACACAUGUGCAAGGAUCGAGAUGCGUUCGAAGAGUACGAAGAAGUGCAUCAUGCGCGCAGUAUUUCAAGCGCAAAAAGCGACGUUAAGCUGAAUGUCAUCGGACAUGGGACAGUGAAGCUGCGCGUCUGGACAGGGCAUGCGUGGAUCGACGCUCGCCUUGAGAACACACUUCACGUUCAAGAUUCGUCCAAGAACCUGUUUUCGCUCACGGCUGCGGCAGCGCGCGGCAUGACAGUGGAGAUAACGCGAAACGAGUGCGUGGUGAAGCGUGGCGGCAAACCCGUCGCAACAGGAAGGAAGCAGGGUUUUCUACUGUAUCUAAACGCUGACUAUGGUACGGAGUGCCACAUGGCCGAAGACGAUACAGAGCUGUGGCAUAGAAGACUGGGUCACGUGUCGUAUGGUACGCUGAAUGCCAUGGUCAAGGACGGAAGGAUCAAGGGCGCAACGAUGAAGACGAACGUUGCGUGUGACGUAUGCGCAACGUCAAAGCAAGUGCGCAAGUCAUUCAAGACAAGUGAAGAAGACGCUGAAACCAGGGAGAGUUCGCGUUCCGACGUGGCGGUGUGCUCCGACGUUCUCGGACCUAUCACGCCAGCGUCCAAGUCUGGUUUCAGUUACGCCGUAACCUUCAUCCUGAUGAAGAGCAGCAUCUGGAACGAAGAUAAGGUGCUGCGAAGUGACAACGGCGGCGAAUACCGGAACGAAACGAUGAACAAGUUUUGCAAGGCUAAGUUCAUUAAGCAAGAGUUCACGGUUCCGUACAACCCAGAGCAGAACGGGAUAGCGGAGCGGAUGAACCGGACGUUGGUGGAGAUGACGCGCUGUAUGCUCAAGGAAAGCGGCCUCGACAAGUCCUAUUGGUGCGAGGCACUGAUGACAGCGGCAGACAUCAGAAAUGUUCUGCCGAACGCGUCGAACAAGAACUCAAGGCCACACGAGAUGGUGUUUAGGAAGGUUCCGCGCAUCGAUCACAUGCGCGUGUUUGGUGCGCAAUGCUAUGCGUAUGUGGCGAAGGAGAAGAGAAAGAAGCUGGACGACUCAGGCGUGCGAUGUUUAUUUCUCGGCUAUGCGAAGGACCAAAAGGCGUAUCGGCUUCUCAACGCGGACGAUGGCUCAAUCGUGAUUUCAAGAAGCGUCACGUUCGCUGAGCAUUCUGUCUCGAAAACAACGAAAAGCAGAGACACGCGGGUCUUCGAUGUCAUUGAAGAAGAGGAAAGUGUGGAGGCGUCGCUACCCGAUGAUGAAGACAUACCAGCGCCGGUGACCGAAGAAGAGCUGCGCACCCCACCACUUCGAGCGCAGAACAGCUCUCAUCACGGACCAAGUGAUCGACCAAGCGACACCAUUCCCACGCGCGCAUCCAGCACACCCGGAAGAAAUGGAGAAGAAGAGUGGAUGGUGCGACCGGUUCGGAAGAAGCGCGGCGUGGUUCGCUACGAACAAGAAUUUCCAAGCCAUCGUCGCGGUCGCUUCAAUUUGGACGACUACGAAGGUGACUUCGACUCUUUCUACUGUUUCUCGGCUGAAGAAGAUGGGGAACAAGCGUCCAGCUAUCAAGAAGUAAUGAAGAGCAGCUACAAGGAGCAGUGGCUGCAGGCAAUGAAGAGCGAGAUGAAGUCGCUUGAAGAACACAGCACAUGGAAGCUUGUGGACAUGCCACCUGGCAAGAAGGCCGUAGGCUGGAAGUGGGUCUUCAAGAUCAAACGCGAUCCAAGUGGGGAGAUCAUCAAGUUCAAGGCACGCUUGGUUUCGAAGGGAUUAACGCAGCGUCCUGGCAUCUACUACAACGAGACCUUUGCACCAGUGGCGCGCAAGGAAUCUAUCAGCACAGUGUUGGCGAUCGCUGCAGCUGAAGACCUGGAAGCAGAAAAUGUUGAUGUCGACACAGCGUUUCUCUACGGCGAAGUGGAAGAGGAGAUCUACAUGGACCAACCUGACGGUUUUGAAGAUGAAGGAAGCCCGACUAAGAAGUGUUUGCUGCAGAAGGCGCUAUACGGGACGAAGCAAGCGGCGCGGCAGUGGAACAACAAGUUGAGUCAGCACUUGGAUAAUCAAGGGUUCAAGAGCAGUACAGCGGACCCGUGUGUGUACACGAAGGAGCACAUCGCAAGUAUCAAGAACUCAUUGAUGGAAGAUUUCAGCAUUAAAGAUCUUGGAGAUCUCAAGUACUGCCUCGGGAUCGAGAUUCAUCGCAAGCGCGAAGAUGGAACGAUCAAGAUGAACCAGAAGGCGUACAUCAAGCGACUUUCGGAGAAGUUCGGCGUUGAGAACUGCAAGGACGUGCACACGCCGGCGGACAGUAACUCGAAGCUGAUCAAGAUGGGUCAAGAGGAAGCGUUUGUACCAAAGUACCCAUACCGUGAGCUGGUGGGCGUUUUAAUGUACAUCGCCACAUGUACACGACCGGACAUUGCGCAUGCGGUUGGCGAAGUUGCGAAGUUUUUCGAGCGCUACGACAAGUCGCAUUGGACAGCAGCAAAGCGGAUUCUCAAGUAUCUCAAGACGACUCAAGACUUAAGCAUCGUUUUCAGCGGCAUCAACAAGGGAGAGCUGAUCGGAUUUGCGGAUGCAAACUGGGCUGGCGACCUUGACACGCGGCGUUCAACAACAGGAUACGUUUUCUUCCUGAACGGAAGCGUGAUAUCGUGGAACUCGGAGCGUCAACCAACGGUCGCGACCUCAAGUACGGAAGGCAGAGACCUGAACUACUGUGCCAAGAACGCGACGACGAUUUUUCAAGACAAUCAAGGAUGCAUCGCGCUGGCCAAGAAUCCUGUGUACCACUCGCGCACGAAGCACAUCGACGUUAAGUUUCACUUUUUGCGUGUAAAGGUUUCAAGUGCAGUGAUUGCGCUAGAGUUCAAGCCGACGGAAGAAAUGGUCGCGGAUGGAUUCAACAAGGCACUUCCAAGAGACAAGCACAGCAAGUUCAUCACGGGUCUGUGCAUGGCGAACUGUGACCCGCCCACAGUAACGUCCCCCACCCACGCAAUCGUUUUCAUUCUGCAUUUGACACAGCAGAUUUUUACGAAAGGUAUUUACGAGACGUAA